UAUACACAUUUCUCGACAGCUUCGAUUUAUUAUUAGAUGUGAAAACAAAAUGUUGUAAAAUUUAUUUAAAUUAAAAUAAAACAAUAAAAUAAAGUUCUAUAACUGAAUUCCAUUUUUUAAUCUUUGGAAAAUCAACCAAUUCCAGACUUUGGAAGCAAUUCGUUAAUGGGUUGAGGAAACGUGCAAAAACAGCUGUCGUCGAAGCGGAAGAAUUUUUCCUCCUUUAAUUUUUUUGCCUUAAAUAUGAUUUAUAAAUCCAAGACUUGCAGAUUUAUUGACCUAGUCAAGAUCAAUCAAAAAUUCCUGGCUGUGUCAUUUGAGUUUAUCGCACGGAAUGACACGCAAAAGUGGGUCAAUGAACGAGACUGGAGGGAUAUUGAGGCAUCACUAGGUGGCUACAUUGAGGAGAAAAAGUACCUGAUCAAUGACCACACGGAGUCAAUUAAUGUUGCCGGCGAUAUUCAAUUGGAAGUAACAAAUACUCGAUGUCCCAGCUACGUCCUGAAGAUCUUUGAUGACACCUGCAAAUCCUCACUCCACGGCAUUCAGUUGUCUGUGAAUGUGAAAUUCGGAGGACUACAGAAGAAAUACUUGGAGGCAGUUAAUAUAAUUGAGGAAAACAAGAAAGCAUCCGCCAAGAUUAAAGCAGAUGAGGAGGACUACCAAAAUGGAUCAAAUGAAGAAGAUUCUGCCUACAUGGCCUUCAUUUCCAAUGACUGUACCGCUCCUUCAUCUGUGACAAAUGAAUUACUAGAGAACAAGUUUGAUGAGGAGAAAUAUGUGCCCCAGAGCACAACUCCUCGACUUACAAGAGCCACAUACACUCCAAGUAAGAAAAUUAAGACAAGUGGUUUUGAGGAAUACGUACCGAGUGGGAUCCCUGCAGACACGGUGAACCAGUAUAAAGCCACAAAACGAAAGCGAAAAGAGAAAAUCACCCCAGAUACGGGUUUUAAAGGUUUAGACUCUCCCACGGAAAACUUGUCGAUUUCUAAAGCAUCGACAAGUAAGAGGAAGACAAGUUUUCCUCCAGAAGCGCAAGUGCCUCAUGCAACGUCCACAAAAAGUUCAAACAAAAAGAAAACUAAUGAACUUUUUGGUCCUGAAGAUUCCGACACUGAUGAGAACUCAGAAAAUACUGCUGAGGCGGAUAUUGAUGACAACGAUUUCAAUGGGAAUGAACCACCAAAUCCACGUAAAGAUCUUCAAAUGGAGAACAAAGAUCUCAAUGAGGAUUUUAAGAUUGUAUCUCCAUCACCGAAUAAGAAACGGAGGGAGAAGACAAUGCCAAGUAAGGAGUCACUGGAUGUUAGAGAAUCUGCAAAGAAGGGUCCUACCAUGUCUCCAAGAAAGAACUGCCAUCACAUAUCCAUGGAAGAUUUGUUGGAAUCCUUUGCGCUUGUUGAGGAGAAAAUGGACAAGACAAUCGAGAAGUUUGAAAAAUAUCCAAAGAUGCGAAUACCAGAAAUUAAGGACUUCCACAGCGAUAUAGUGACAUUUCAGCAAAGGCUAGAAGCUGAGUUUUUUCUCCUUGACAAAUACGUAAAUGAGGAACAUCGUCCAAUGAAACAGCGCUUUAGACUCGAGCAUCUCCUAACGCAGUACGUCCUGCCAGAAUGGAUGAUUAAUCUAUUCAUGAAUGAGCACAAUAUGGAUCGAGCAGAAGCAGAAAACUAUCUCACUGAUAAAGAAAUUGAAGAAAAGUAUGUCGAGCUGAAAAAGAGGAGAAUGAAGAAUUCCAGCUAAACGAUCUUGGUGGCUCAACAAAGUGGUACAAUCUAUAACUCUUUUAAGAAAAACUUCAUGUAUUAUAAUGAAAUAUUUUUUUAUUGACGAAAAAUAUUGAUUUUAUCUACAUAAAUAAAAUCUUUGAAAUCAGUC